AUGGCAUAGAUGAGUCGAUAAAAUUUGUUUUGGAGAUCCUGUAAGUUGUGUAUAUACUCAAUUUUCAUCGAUCUCAUUUUCCUUAAUUAAUUUUGUUCAGAAGUACUUGCGCAAGCUGAAAUAAGUCGAUCCUUUUUUACCCCUUUUAGUACAGAUGAUGGUAAUUAUAACUUUAUUUACAUAGAUUGGAAAGUAUACUUAGCUGAAAAUUCAAACCAUAUUACGGAUUGUGUAACGUCUUAAAUAUUUGGAGGACGAUUGAUCUUUUCUUAAUAAACAGUCAUAACAAAGACCUUUAUACUUCCUCCACAUUAUUAGAUAUAGUUUGAAUUCAAAUUCUGGAGGUGUGUAUUUUUUAAAUUUCGUUACUUAGAUUGAAUCCUUGGACUGCGGGAUAUUAUUACGUAUAUCUUAAUGGAGAAUAAGCACACUUUUAUAAUCCAUAUAAUGCGACAGGUGAACAGAUUUGUGGAAGUGGAACUCUUGGAUAGAUUGAUUAAAUCAGUAAAUAAAUUGACCAUAUGUUAAACUCAGCCAUAAUAAUAAUAGUAUCUAAAUAAACAUCAGCAUAUUGGGGAAUCUCAGAUUUUAAGUUAUCAUUGUUGAAAUGUCCUAAUUUGUGUGAUUAUUGCGAUUCUGUAGGAAUUUGUUAAAAAUGGUAUAGGGUGUUAUCUUAUUUUACAACUCUUUCAUUUACAAAUGGAUAAGGAUGGCUCAAAGAUAAUGCCAUAUAUGAUAGUGUAUAAGAUUGUGGUAUUAUAAUUGUUAAAUAACCUAGGAUUUCAAUAUUAUGGUAAUUUUUUAUCAUCUUAAGUGGCAUCAAUAAAUUUAAAUUUAAAUGAUCCUCAUACAAUGUUAAAGUUUUCAUUUAUAUUUAUAUGUGUGGAGAUCACUGGUUCAGUAACCUUAGAAGUGAUAGGUGAUGUAUAAUUAUAUUAUUAUGCACCUCCUUUAACUAGUGCAUCAACUUUAAAUUAUUUUUGUGGUUCUAAUUUAAAAAUGACCAGGAUUGAUAUUAUUGGAUUUAGUAGUAGUUCCUCAACUAUGACAAUAUCUAUUUUAAUUCAUAAUGUUGCAACAACAUCUGUAAACCCAGUUUCUUUUGGUAUUAGAGACUUUGAAGUAUUUACAUAUUAGGAGAAUAGAAUAAUAAUAGAUGAGAGUCUUAUCCAUAAAGAUGAUUAUCUCCUUAUAUUUGAAGGGAUUUUUUCUUAAUAGUAUAAUUGUGUUGAAGGAUGUAGUAAUUGUAUUCGAGAUAUAUGUGUAGAAUGUUUUUCAGGAUGGAAUUUCGAUACAUAUUCAUAAUAAUGUAUUCCAAUUUGUGGAGAUUAAUAGAUUAUAUACUAAGAAGAAUGUGAUGAUGGUAAUUAGUAAGCUAAUGAUGGAUGUUACUAGUGUAAAUUCUCUUGUCCAUUAAAUUGUAUUUCAUGUGAAUAUGGUUUAUGUAUAUUCUGCAACAAUAAUUACCAAUUGAUAGAUAAUUUAUGCCAUUUUUCUUGUUAAUUUGAGGAUUAGAAUAGUUUAAUUAAAUAUGAUAUAUAAAUGAAAGAAGGUUAUUAUUGUCAAAUGUCAAAUUUCUAGAAAAAUACAUAUCUUCAUCAUGUCAUUAUCAACAAUAACCUUAUAUUAGAGGCUGUAGAUAUUUAAUGUUAGAUUUAGAAUUAUGGAAUUUUUGCUUAUUAAUAUAAUAGAUGUGAAUAGAGAGAAUCAUAAAAUUGUAUAAUUUCUAUUUUGAAUGAAUGUUAAAUUUGUAUGAAUAAAUUUGAAAGAACUUUGAAUGGUUAAUGCAUUCCUAUUUGUAAUAAUGAAAUUUAUUAAGAAGAUGUAUUGAUUGAUAAUUCUAUUGAAAAUUAUUUUGUAUGUAGUAAAUGUCAAUUAGAAUGUUUAGAAUGUCAUAAUUCAUUUUGUUUUUAAUGUUUAUAAGGAUGGAAUGUAGUGGAUUUCAAAUGUGUAUAUGAAUGUGGAGAUGGUAAAAUUGCAUUAGGUUCAUAUGAAUAAUGUGAUGAUUAAAAUUAAGAUAGUGGAGAUGGAUGUUAUGAAUGUAAAUUUGAAUGUUCAUAUAAUUGUAUAUUUUGUUAUGGUCAUCUUGAAUGUGCAAUUUGUAAAGAGUAUUUUGAGAUUAAAGAUAAUAAUUGUAUACCUAUUUGUGGAGAUGGAAUUGUUAUUGAUGGAUUAGAGAUUUGUGAUGAUGGUAAUGAUAUCAAGUAUGAUGGAUGUUAUGAUUGUUAAUAUUCUUGUAGAGAAAAUUGUUAAAUUUGUGAUCAUUAAAAUUGUUUAGAUAUUUGUGAUUAAGGGUAUUAUUAUUUAAAUAAUGAAUGUAUUUCUAUUUGUGGUGAUUUAAUAAUUGCUAAUAAUGAAUAAUGUGAUGAUGCUAAUGAUGAUCCAUUUGAUGGAUGUGAUUCAUGUUUCUUUUCAUGUCCUUUAAAUUGUAAUAAUUGUUAUUAAGGAUAUUGUUUUAAUUGUAAUUUAGGUUUUAUUAUGAAUAAAAAUAAUUGUUAAGAUACUUGUGGAAAUGGAUAUAAAUCUGAUAUAGAAGAAUGUGAUGAUGGUAAUCACUUAUCUUUAGAUGGUUGUUCAGAUAUUUGUAUAAUUGAAAUAUAUUGGACAUGUUUUGAAGAAGAUUUCAAUAAAAGUUUAUGUUUUUAAAUUAUACCUCCUCAUUUUAAUUUAAUACUUUUAAAUUAAACAUAUAAUAUCUAAUAUGUCUAAUUAUAAUUUACUAAUUAAAUUAAAUUACUAGAUUCAUCAUAAAAUUUAACUUAAAACUUUAAAGCCUAUCUUGUUGAUAUUGAUCCUUCUCAUUAUAUUAUUAGCAAUGUAUUAAUUAUUGAACCUAAUAAUUUAAGUGUACAUAAUAUCAUUUAUUAAUUAAAAAUUUAAAUCUUAGAAUAAUUAAUAACUGAAAUAUUUUUAUAAGUUUAAUUAAAUACUGUAUUAGUUGAUUAAAAUGGUUUUUAAGUUGAUAAUGAUAUUUGCAAAAUUCGUAUUAAAAAUCCUAUUGUAUUAACAGAUGAAUAAAAGAAGAUAUCACAUAAAAUUUGCUCUUAUAAUAUGACAAUACUCAUAUUUCUAGGCUUAUCAAGUUUGAUUAUAUUGAUGUCUGGUAAUCCAGCAGAAUGUUUUGAAAUUCUAGAUACAAUAUAAUAUUAAGCCAAUCUAAAAUUUAUCAACAUAAAUUUUCCAGAAAACUUAAUGAUAUAUUUUGAAUCUUCUGAAGUUGUUACUAUACUUCCAAUUUUAUAAAAAUUUUGGAUUCUUGAUAUAUUUUAAGAUGUGAUUGGAUCAUAAUAAUUAUAAGCAUUUGGUAAAUUUUAAAAUUAUAAUCUUAAUUCUGAUUUAAUUACUAAUUUAUAUGGUUUAUUUGCUCAAAUAUUAUUAGCAACAGUAUUACUCAUAUUAUCAUAUUGUUAUUUAAGAUUUAUAUUCAGAACUUGGUUUACUAAAAUUAGAGUCUUUAUUUAUGAUAAUUAAUCUAUUAUUGUUUCAUAUCACUUUGCAUUUUUUAUACAUACACUUAAUCAAUUUAGUUUAGGAUUACAUAAAAUAUUAUCAUAAUAAGGAAUUGUUUAUAUUAUUUAAGUGAAUUGUUGGGAUCUAAUUUUUAAGACUUUACUCUAUCUUUUCUCUGAAAAAGAAAUGAAUCCAAGAAAUAUUGCAUAAACUAUAACUGCAGUAUUUAUUUUAAUUGCAAUAGCAGCUUUGA